CACAGGGCAGGCGAGUACAUGCAGCCUCACACACUGUCUGAGCUCGGAUUACAUUGGUCAGAAGAGGAGGAGGGUCCCAGUAGCGGUGAUGUUUUCAGACGCGCGUGUCUGUCGACGGUGAAGUGACAAGUGGAGCAGAUCGACUUUAACCGCUGUCACUCGAACCGACUCCCACGCGCGGCAGAGGAGCUACUUCGACUGAGGAGCAGAAGCAUGUUCGUCGCGCCCAGACAUGGAGGAACCAGCGUCCAAUUCCGACUCUAAUCCCGGCGACGGCUGCUCUGAGAGGAGCUUCUCCGCGCUGACGGUAGACGAUGUGUACCGGAUCGCUAAGCAGAUCGGGGCCGAGGUGGAGAAGCUCAUCGACGGCUACGGCAAGGAAAGCGUCGUCGGUCUGGUGCCGAAAGUAGUGAAAGUAUUGGAGCUGCUGGAGAGUUUCGCCUCGCGAAACGAUGCCCACAAGCAGAGAGAGGAAGAGCUGCUGAAGACCUUCGAGAGCAUCCAGCUGCAGCAGCAGCAGAAGAAGCGAGUGAAGGAGGGAGAGGACGCGGCGGACCAGCGCGACAAACGGGUGUUGCAGGAGAAGGAGGAGCAGUGCAGGAGGAGGUGCGAGGAGCUGCUGGUCCAGGUCCAGCAACUGCAGGUGGACAAGGAGCAACUGCAGCGCCAACUGAAGGGCACUCACACGCACGAUGACCGAGUCCAGCGUCAGGAGCGGGAAGUGAUGCUGAAACUGAAGGAGGUGGUGGACAAGCAGAGGGACGAGCUGCGGGCCAAGGCUCAGGAGAUAAGCUCCGCCUCCCGGGAAGUGGAAGCGCUCCAGGAGCAGCUGGAGCGCUUCAUGAAGAUGAACGCGGAGCUGCGACACCGGCAGAGCGUCCUGCAGACGCAGCUGAAGAGCACCGUGGAGAGGAAGGCCGACAUGGAGGCCGACCUGAAGGAGCAGAGCAAGGCCAUGGAGAGGCUGCAGGCUCAGCUGGACAGAAGCAGCAGCAACCGUCCGCAGAUGAGUCCAGCUCCACCUGAGACAGCAGCGUCGCCCGACGAGCCCAAUGAUGCAGACACACCCUGCUUCACCAAGAAAGAAGUGCGCGACAUCCUUUUCGAGCGGAACGAGCUGAAGACCAACCUCUUCCUGGUUCAGGAGGAGCUCAACUACUACCAGAGGGAGAUCCUGAGCGAGGAGCGGUGCCCCGGCUUCCUCUUAGAAGCCGUGCGCUCCGCCAUCACCAAGAGGAGGAAAGUCAUCAAGGAGAAGAUGCUGGGGAUUCAAGUGACCGACUGCAUCAGUGACGAAGACGAGGAGCAAGGCUCUCUGCUGGGAGGCAGCACGGAAGUGGACGGCCUGCAGAAACCAGCCGAGUCUCGAAUCCGAAACCUCUUCGGCUUCCUGACGCGGUCGGGCAGCAGCCGCAGCCCCACUCACCUGCCCGCCUCGGCCUCCACCUGGGAGAUCAUCGGCGACUUGGAGGUGGAGCCAGAUCCGCCGUCCUGAACCCCGACCACGACCCUCCGACUCCAACAUGGGGAGGAGAAGAAGAGAGCUGUCCUCAUCCUCCUCCAUGUCUGGUGUUCACCUUCAGCUCCACAGUACAUUAGACAACAACAACAACAAGGCUGCACUGAACUACUGAAGCGGGGAUGUUAUCGUGUGACGGCAAAGAUGUCGUGGGCAUAGUUAUAUUUUUAAAACCUAUUUUACCACCAAAGAGAUUUUUAAAUAUAUAUUUCCAUGUUGAAAUAAUGUAGUUCGCAUCAACUCCACAAGAGGGCAUUGUUUCCCGUCAACACCGUAAACCAAAGAGUUUUGCCUCACACGCGUUUUAAAAGCCAUAUUUCAAGCACUUUCACUGUGGGGCCCUUUUUAACUCUGUUAUUUUAUAUCUUCUAAAUUGUCUGUCCAUAAAACCAGCAGAUUUAUCAGUAAUUACGUCAGUUCGCUCUGAGUCUAUAUUUGUAUGUGUUAUUAAAAUCCACUAUUUGAAGGUGCAUCUAGGUUCAGUAAACUAAAGACGGUUUGGUGUAGAGAACAAUCGUGGUGGUACUACUGUAUCACUCAGGUUUGACACUAACUUUUUCUAUGUAAAACAAUGUGUUGGACGGAUGCGAAAUAAAUGAUGUAACCAAAUGUUCUCAAACGUGUUGAACAAGUGACAUCUUCUGUGGACAGUCUGAGGUUUGCAAUGUACAUUUUCAUUUGUUGAUGUUCCGACACAUAUUACUGAAAUUCCCUUUUUUUUUUUCUUGCAUUACCUUUCUCCACCUGUGAAUGGAAGUUUCUCCGUCAUCACUUGUGAGAUCCCAGGACUCAGAAAAGUGAAGAAAUUGCCAGAAAUGACAUAGUUGAUUUAAAAAAAAAAAAUAGUCCUGACACAAAGGAAAAUGCCCCCAAAAUGAGUUGUUUUAUAAACUAAAAAAAUGACAUUAAAACAAGUCGUCUGGCAUCUUUGGGCCAUGUGAACAUGAAGGGAAGUGAAGAAAUGGAUAGAAAUGCAAAUGUCGAAUUUUGAUGUUUUUUUUUUUUUUUUUAAAUUGGUCGUGACAAAGUAUUGGGUCCCAGUCACGGCAUAUUCAUCCAUUUCUUCACUUUCCAUGCUGUUCACAUGGUCCACAGGUGCCAGACAAGUUGUUUUUAAGUCAUAUUUUGAGUUUUAAAAAAAUGACAUUUUUAUGCAUUUCGAGUUAAGGCCCUGACUUCGUGUCACGACCUUUUUUUUUUUAAUUGAUUAAAUAAAUACAUGUCAAUGUUUUUGCUCCAUAGCGUGGAAGGUCACGUGACCUAUCGCCUCUAAAUCAGUGCAGUAUCAUAGAACACCUCCAACUACAUGCGAUACGGCACCUAUUUUUAAAAAGUCAAAUCUCUCACAAAUGGAAAUUCAUGCAACAUAAGUUGAUUGACCGAGUCUUUCAAACUGAGUGAAGAAUCAUCGCCCUCUGCUGGAUACCUGAGAUAUUUCAGUUCGUUUUUAAAUCUAAAAACUGAUUUUAAUUUCAUGAGAAAGUUGUUUUCCUCAGUAUGUUCCAGGCCCUUUGGACUCAGUAUCAUUGUGGGAUAUUAGUAAUGUACUUUCUGUAGGAGAUACAAGUAUUUCUUUCCAAAAACUAACAUUUUAAAAUACAUUAUAGAUGAGGAUAUUGACCUUGACUUUCUUCAUAUUUUCCAUAAUGUUUCAACAUAUCUUUAGCUUGUUGCUUCGUCGUACCAGAACGUGAUGUGGUUGAACAUUGAUUCAACCACAUGAAGAGCCACAUGUUGACACCUCGCUGGUCCAGGUGAGCUCAAACUGGUACCUUGGUGAAGUCACUGCGCAAGUAGAAUUGAGGUUACAGUCAAAAACACCUUCCAAAAAUGGGCCAGUGAAGCUUCAUGAAACAGUGUCCGUAUUUUUAGAGCUGAGUAGGUGGCGCUGUUGGUUUAAAACUGAAGUGAGGUGUCAUUGAAAUGGCUCUUCAGAGGGCUCUGAAGAUGAGGACACAGUUUCAUGAAGCCUCACCAGCCCAUCAUUACUUCAUGCUGUAGACUGGCUCAGAUGAAGACACGACACCGGCGUAAUAAGUCACAACUAAUAUUUAUUCCUUGUGUUUUGGUUCUGUAGCAACCUACUGGAUCAGUCGAAUGAAGUGCAAUAGUUAAGCCAGGUACAGUUGAGAGCAGAGACA